AUGAAAUUAUCAUUCGGCGCGAUCGAACGCGAUGAAGAAGCCGGUGAUUAUGAGGAUACGAUGGUUGGCGUUAUAGAAGAGGCAAAACGGAAGGCCGACCGCCAGGCAAAGCGGCCAAUGAGGCGCAGCAUCAACAGAAGUUAUAUUGAUCCAGAGAGUCUCGAUCAGUACGGUAUCGAAUGGAGGUGGGAGAGUGACGAUGAUUGGAUCUUUAUCAAGCAAGAUCUGACCGAAGAACGGGAAACGGAGCUGAGGUCGCAUACGAAGAAGGAGAAGAGGAAAAGGGAGGACCUGGAGUUCGAGGCGAAAUUGAGAGUGAGAAUGUCUAAAGCUGGGUUCUCGCAGAGUCAUAUAGGAGACCUUGUCCGGACAUUGACAGACCGGGACGAGGGUGUGGAGCUUGCACGCCGCAGCGACAAGCUAGCCAUAGAGAUUGCAUACCAGCAACUCGAUAAGCAAUUUGAGUCCGAAGUACAGGAAUUGCUUUGGGAAGCUGGGUGUCCGAUCGAUUUCUGUGAGCGGAUACUGGGAGAGAACUUCAACAAGGAGGAAUAUAAAAGCCGUGAUGCUAUUAGCUUGACUCAACGAUCUGGAGGUCUCAAAACGAGGACUUGGAGUGCUAGACCCAAACCGUCGCCUAAAGAGUCCCACACAGGACAGCAACCCAGCAAAGCACUUGAGAACAAGCGAGGUCCUUCCACAGCCAAGAAAGACAUGUCUCCAAGACAACAGGCUGCCAUACAACCUCAGCAGACUCAAGCACCCCAAGGCGAAGGACGGUGGGCCCAGCCUAAGAAUGUCGCUACUAAGAGGUGGGACGAUAAUGACGGGGAAUUAUUGGAGGAAGCAGAAUAUUACAACAAGCGUAUGUUGGAGCGUGCUCGUCCUGGUGAGGCCUACCUUGGCUUGCUGAAGGACUGGUCACUUAUCGAUCUACCUCCUGGCACACGCCUCGUAACAAUACAAGGCGCGGGAGGUGCAGCGCAAAAGAUAAGUUGGCAGCAAUAUAAUGGCUGCCGAAGAGCGAAAUUCUUUCCUCGAACAAAUCCGGCCGGAAAAUUGGAGACAGGACGAAUGGACAGGAUGACCAGACGGGAUCAGUCAGACUUUAGCAAUGAUGACAAUCCAGCAACCGCCCAAACCCAUUCGAGUCCGAAGCAGCAGGACUUAGGCCAGGCCCAAAACGACCUCGGCUUCCCUACAGUUGAGCUCAAACAAGGUCAAGAAGCCAAAUAG